AUGAAGGAUCCUCAGCUACCAGGUACCAAAGCACUUAAUGCCUGGACAAAACGACAUGGGGCAAAAAAAGGAAAGAAUGAGCCAGUGCCCCAGCCCACCCAGACAGAACAACAAACACGGAAAGUGCCAGUAUUAACACCUGAACAACGGGCAAAGCAGACUGCCUUUGAGAGGGUAAUCUAUGACAUGUCCCAAAAUGAUCACGUGAUCAACGACAUAAUGCUGGGUCACAGGAUUGCCUUCUAUGAACUCAGAGGAGAGAUAGGGACAGGAAAUUUUUCCCAGGUCAAACUCGCUGUUCACGCAUUGACUAAAGAGCGUGUUGCUGUUAAGAUACUUAAUAAGAUGCGUCUCAACAAGAAGUCACAGACUUUAUUUGUGUCAGAGAUUGCCUGUAUGGAAAGACUCUCCCAUCCAAAUAUUGUACGUCUGUACGAAGUGCUCGAGACCAGUAAGCAUUUGUACCUUGCUAUGGAGUACGGCAGUGGAGGAGACCUGUUCUCACGCAUCACCACAAGGGGGCGCCUGUCAGACCUGGAAAGCAAGCUCAUCUUUGCCCAAAUCAUCUCAGCCAUCAAACACAUGCACGAAAAUAACAUUGUCCAUCGUGACUUGAAAGCAGAAAACAUAUUUUAUACCACAAGCUACUGCAUCAAAGUGGGCGACUUUGGUUUCAGUACUGUCAGUGAACCAACCGAAACUCUGACUACGUUUUGUGGCUCCCCACCAUAUGCGGCACCCGAGCUGUUCAGAGAGAAAAGUUACGUGGGACAUUAUGUUGACAUCUGGGCACUGGGAGUAUUAUUAUACUUCAUAGUGACCGCCACCAUGCCUUUCCGUGGUGACAACCUGGGGCGACUGAAACGCAGUAUCCUGCAAGGGACAUACAGUAUCCCGGCCUACGUCCCUGACCCCUGCCAACUGGCCAUCAAAGGUAUGUUACGACCAAUACCUGUGGACCGCACCACAGUUUUGCAAGUGAUGGUCUGCUCUUGGCUAAGGGGUAUUGAGUUCCCCAAAUCAUACCACAUUCUCAGUGCAACGCCCAAUCACCUUGCUGACCCUGCAAGGACUCUGUGCGUGGAGGAGCAGGAAGUGAAAUCAGCACUGGGUGAACUUGGAAUCAGUGCCACACAUCUGCAGAACAAUACCUGCACAGACUCACGCAGCCCAAUUACAGGAACUUAUCGGAUCCUGCUGCACCGUAUCCAGAAGAGGAGAUCCGUAGAGACAGUUGGAUAUUCCACCCUCUACCCAGAGGAUUUUGGUAGCAAGAAAUACUGGGCCAGCAAUGCAAUGGCCAAACACAACCCAUCUUCAGUCUGCAAUGUACUGUAAUGACUAGUGUGAUCAUAUUUGAAUGGUUCAUAUGUGGCUCACCAAUAGGUUAUUAUUACCUAUAAUGCCAUGUAUCAGGAAAUAAUUAAUUUACACGUAUGAAACUGUGCUAUUGUGCUAGAGUCAUAUCGCAUAGUUUUUUAUUCUGUUUAUAAAGCACUUAAAAUUACAAUGUACAAUUAGUGGACCAAUUUAUAUCAGAUUUACAAAUGUAUUUAUAUGACAGCUCACAAACCUCAAGUACCUGGGAACAUAUACAGUGGGGUCAAAAAAUGUUGACCACUCGUUUUGAUUUUUUUCUUAUUUAAAUGUGAAGUGUGUAAUUACGUUGGCUUGACAAAGUUUUAUUUUACAUUUUUUGAAUCCUUAAAUCAAGACCAACGUUUCUAACAGCGGCCUCUUUCACACAUACAGCCCUUUCCAGAACAUGUACUGCAAUUUUCAGGUUAGAGGUCAUGUCUGAACGCAACCCUUUUGAAAAUACUAGAAAUUUUGCUUUGGCAAUAUCCUAAUGAGAAGUUGAAUAAUUAUCUAUACAUUUCCAUAUUGAUGGUAUGUGUGAACAGAGCCACCAGUUCAUUCGAGGUCUGGUCGUGCUGAAAUGUUCUGACGGAGAUGUAGCAAUUACUCCGUUCUGUAACACCGGUGGAAGUAAUACAAAUGUCAACAGAUUCGUCAGAUGGUGAAACUGGAGCACUUCUCUUCAUCCGAGCGAAUUAAGAAUUUUUCCAACAACUUAAAGAAACAAUAAUCGAUUCUGUUACGCAAGAUAAAAUUACUAUCCUUCCUCGGGAAUCCACAGAUGUUUUUGUAGCGAUAUACUGUAUUACUAUGCUUUUCAGCCGCAGAUGACGUCUCUACAUUCGGAUGCUAGCAGACAUUUUGACUGAAUUUUGUUCCCUUUAGUUCAUUGAUCUUAUUUAAAUGAUCGCAUUUUAUGUCGCUGAGUCUCGAGCAACUGAAUAAGUGUAAACAUUUGACAAAAAAUGGAAAAUAUCACCAACAAUACCAACGUUCACAAUUCAGUUACAAAAUAAUCAGCGGUGAAGUAGUGACUAGAAGGUGGCAUAGGCCUACUGUGAAUUUAUAGAAAAAAAAAAUUACAUUACAAUUAUGUGACAUCUUAAUCUGCUAAGAGUAUAAAAAAAACUAGCACGGGUGAAGUACACGUAUUUUCCCAAAGUUUUAUAGGAUAAGUUUUUAUUUAAAUGCAUUAAUUUUGUAACUUUGCAGCAAGGUAAAUCCAGCGCUAAUUAUGGUGAAUCCAGCGCUUCAUCAUUUCACUGUGAAGACAUAUGAAAUAUGAUUGGUUCUAAAAUAUUCAACAUGUCUAAAACGAACGUUCUGAUUGGUAGCUCAGCUGAAAUGUCUAUAUUUCCAAUGCCUUCAGUUGCGGUCCUGCCUUCCGCUGCUCUACGUGGGUUUAGAGAGAAUCUCUGUACACUUAUUAAAAAAUAAUAAUAAUCACAAUUAACACAGCGGUGCUGCAGCUUCACCUCAGGAUAAUAAUAAGUUUUAGGUCAAAAGCCUCCUCGCUGUUCUGACGGCCAUACGUAUCAAAACUCAUUUUAGGUGGGCAUUCGCAAAAUCCUUUGAAAGAAAGGUGGGCAUAUGCCGUAUGCCCUAGACAACACUGCUUCUCUGUCAUGUUUUCAAACCAGAAGCCUACAUUUCCCACGCAGCCGUGAAGAUGUAAUUUCCGGCAAAUUACUUCACAGAGUUCAACGGCAUUUGGUAAUGUUUGAUGGGUACUAGCAAAACAGAAAAAAGAUGAAAGUCGUUGCAUGUGUGAAUAGCACAUGUGGUAUAUUUAUGAUUUCCCUGUAAUUUCCCUGGUUGCAUGUGUGAAAGGGGCUAAUGACCCCCUAGAUUUAGAGAAUAUUCUUGUCCUUUUCCCCCUUACUGGUCAACUUACGACUUCGCACAGCAGAUAAUACAAAAUGUGAAAAAUCCCAUUUACAUUGACGGAAUGUUCAAAUGGCCAAAUGGAAUGCUUGUUAAUUCAAAUUCCAACUUUAAUUUUUUUUAAUGGAAACAAACCUACAAAAGGCCUUUAAUCUUAAAAAAAUGUUUUACUCUCAGCUCUUUCCCUAUCUGUCUGUCUGUCUGUCUGUCCGUACGUCCACCUGAAUCUGACAUAUUAUCUCACUAUCUAUGUGACCCUCUGUCUAUCUAGCAAGCUGGUAGUUUGUCUUACUGUAAUGUCUGUAUAAGCAUCAAACUUAAAGCUAGUUAAAUCCUUCUGACAAGGCUUUUGAUCGCUAACGUCAAACUUCACCUUUCUAUUUCUGAUGUUAAAAUAUUUCCUCCUAUCCCAGAGACAACAACACAUUUUCUAUUUUCUUUGUUUUCAAAAUCCUAAACUUUCAAACUUUUUAUUAUUAUUUAAAUAAUAAUAAAAAAAAAAUCACCAUUUGACCCCACUCUAUUUUGCUACAGUUUGCUUUACAUAACACACGUAACAACCUGUGUUAUACACAUUCCGAACGGAUCAUGUGUAAAUAAAGCAAUUACAAUGCAUAUUUGGUUUUGGUGCAUGUAAAAUCACAGUGUGUUUCGAGUGGAGGGUGUUUCUGCUUGUACUGAAACAUUAUUUUGCAGUCGAUCCUUAAGUAGUCAUUCACUUUUGCCAAUGAAUUUGUAAAUGUGGCCAGUUCUUAUUGGUUAGGCAAACAUUUAAUGUAAAUUUUUUUAUUAAUGAUUUUUAAUGAAAUGUCCAUUAUCAAACAUUGUUGAAUGUUUGAUAAUGAUGUUCAUUUGGUUAUGCCUGUUUAGUCUGUGCAAUAGCUUUGUGUUGAGCAGAAUGUCAAACGCACAGUGAAUGUUUGUCAUGUAUUAAUCAACAGGCUUUAGUUACUGGUGGUUCUUGCCUUAUAUAACAAAGUCCACAUGCAACUUUUCAAAAGCCUGAUUGAUUUGAUGCUUAUCUCUCUGUCUCUGCAUGCCCUUCAUUUUAAUCUUUGUGUCUGUGGCUUCAUUUGAUGGACUGAGUGGCAAUCUGUAUCAAUUAAAUUAGCUGAAUGGCUUCUUAGUGAUUAUUUUCUAAUCUUGGACAGUUUACAUUAAAUGUAUGAUGUAAAGGAUUAAAGGGUGAUUAGCUGUUAAUCCUAAUUAGUGCGGUGCUUUAUAAAAAGCUUGUGUUAUCAGUGAUUACAUUGUAUUCUAUUAAAUUAAUCAUCUUAAUUUUACUUGACCCCAAAAACAAGCCUUGGCACAUUGAUACCUAGAGAGCUGCCAAGAAUCCUGUGGUUUUAGAGGUAUAAUAGUGGGUUGUAGUUUGACACAUAUGCCUUCAACCUUAAAAAUAAUAGACCUUAUUCAUGGUACCGCCAUCUAUGAUUUUUAAUGGGAUUGACAACAAAGCUGUGAGGGACAGACUUAAAUCUCUUCAACUCAUACUGUCAGUAGUUUUUUGUCUACUGAAUGUUCUUGAAAAUAUGUUUUUUCAAUGUUUUGUAUGCGGAACGAUCCAAAAACACGUCAGUACAACCCAUUGAAGAGACUGUACUUCUGUCCCUCACAGCCUUGUUGUCAUUCCCGUCAAAAAUCAAAGAUGGUUCUACUGUGAAUAAGGUCUAUAUUUAGAGAUACAUUUCUUAUUGUUUAACCUUACUUACUGUUAUCCUUUCAAUGCUGCUGUAUUAUAAGAUUUAAUUAAUGAUUAAAUGUGAAGCAGUAACAUAUUUGUGUUUGAGCUCAUGUUGCUACCUAAUUAAAUAGUGUUCCCUGUCAAAAGUUACACUUAAUUCUGCACUUGAUUCAGUGCUUUGGGAAUGUCUUCAGGAGUAACCAGCUGUGAAUAUGUGUGCAUUUUCCAACAGCCUCUGCUGGUGACAUCAUCAGAAUGCGCCAGUACCAGGGUCUAUAAAUAGAUGUACCACAGGUGCAUCGUCAAGUCUUUUGUCUUCAGACUACUCUGUGUUGUGUUUGUGCUUCUCAAGCUCUCUAUUUUUCUUCUGAUAGGAGUUAGAAUUGUCAGCCAGUGUGCAGAAAACACACUGGUAUGUAUAUAUGUAUAUGUAUAUAUAUGUAAAAAUAUUAAAUAAAAAAUGA